AUGGCCGCCUGGCGCGAGUGCCCCAGGGCCAAGCGCAUCAGCGAUCUCCAGGCGCUCACGGAUCUGCGCAAGACGCACGCGCCCAGCAUCAUCCGCUACCAGGCGCAGAGCGAGGUCGAGGAGACGGUGCGCCUUAACAUGGCUUUCCUGGUCGACUUGGCGGCCCUGACGCCGCGCGCGCCCGCGCCGCUCCUCGCCAAGGCCGCCAAGGGCCACUCGCCCGAGCUCUCGAAGCCCGAGCGGGCGAGCUGGGCGAACGCCAAGCACUGCUACAAGCAUAAGGACGUCAAGAAGCUGGCUCCUGCGACUGCCGCCGCCGCCCGCGCGCUGCAGCGGCGCGGCCGCGAGGGGGCGCCGACUCUGCCGAUUGACGCUCGCAGCGCGCGCGGGCCUGCGCUGCGCAGCCCCCCGGGCGCGAGCGAGAUCGCGGCAAUGCGCGGGCGCAGCGACACCCCGCGCGCGCCAACCAAGAAGGCGUCGGUUGCCCUGGGCAGCCCGAGCUGGUCGACGCGGAAGCAGUCGCUCGCGGACAUGCCGACGCCCCCCGCGGCCGGGAAGCCCUCGCCGAAGCGCACUAGCGUCCGCGAGGUGGGCUACAACCGAAUGAAACCCAAGGAGACCGACGACCGCGGGGAACUCAGGGAGUUCGACUUGGCCCCUGGCGAGAAGAGGACGCGCGCGGCCAUCCUCGCCGAAGGCGCGACGUGGAAGUCGGAGAUCACCAACGCCGACUUCGCAGCAUGGAACAGCCCACCCGCGAGUAAGGAGCCGGCCAUUAACAAGAUGAGCAAUAAGAAGCCUGCAGCGGCGACUGGCGCCCGGCGCGUCGAGGACGAGGACCUGACCAUGGCUGACGAGGAGGGCGAGGGCGAGGCGAAGCCCGCGGCCGCCGGGCGCAAGGCGAAGCCCGCGGCCGCCGAGCUUCCGAAGGCGAAGCCCGCGGCCGCCGACCCUGGCGAAUUCGCUGGCGAGAAAGGCCGCGCGCUCAACUGCAAGACCGAGCAGCUUGACAACGCGAUGCACUACAAGAAGAGCCACUCCGUGGGGCUCCGCGUGAAGGGCGGCUCGCAGCCCAUCUCCUUCGGGGGGGUGCGCUGCGCGGCCAGCAAGGAGUAUCUCUUGGAAAUCGGCCACCCGGUGAGGGCGAAGCUCAACGCGGGCAAGGUAGGCCUGCAAGGGGCGAAGGAGUAUGCGUUAUCCAAGCAAGUCUUCGAGUAG